AUGGCCACUGCAAAGGAUGCGAGGAGUUCAGCGAACUGCUACUUCGAGCCUGCGCCUGAUGGCGGGGUUGAUCGACUCAAGAGGUGGUCACAGGUGUACUGGAACCUCCCUUCAGGCAGCUCGCCGAGCUUUCACCACACCGAGGUGUCUUCGCACCUGGAGAAGCACCUGGCGCAAUGGUCCAAGGGAAUGUUUCCCGAUGAGACGAAGGCCGGUCCCUUGCGGAAGGUGCUGGUGCCGCUCUGCGGAAAGUCUGUGGACAUGCCGUACUUGUGUGAGCUCGGCUUCGGUGUCGUGGGAGUCGAGGGCAUUCCGAGGGCCAUCCUUGAAUUCAAAGCAGAGCACCAAAUACGAGUCAAGGGCAUGAAAUCCAAGCUCCCUUUUGCAAAAGAUGAGCAAGGAUGGCGGGAAGGGACAACGUUCCAUCCUGCCUCGCAGUUCGCAGGAGCGAGGUCUGGCCAGUCCUUCAAGACAGGCGACCAAGGGCUCGGUUACUAUUCGGAGCGUCCAGCUGUGUGGCGUGGCAAGGUGAACCUGGGCAGAAGGCACGUUCCGUUGCACCUCAUCGAGGGCGACAUGUUGGAGGUCACACCGGAACUGGUUGCGGCUUCCACGUUUGUGACGGAUGGCAGGUUUGACCUCGUUUACGAUUGCGAUGCUUUGGUCUCGCUUCCACCAGACAGCUGGAAACAGUACGCAGCCGGGUUGUCGUCGUUGCUGCGAGUAGGUGGAAGGAUCCUCCUGGUAGUUGUUCAGUACGACCAGGACAAGCUCCCAUAUGCGCGCAACCGCAUCAAUCCGCCCCCGUUCAGUGUCACUCGGGAGCACAUCAAAGGACUAUUUCCGGACUCGUGUUGGUCGGUGAGCACGUUGGAGACAGAGCCUUGUGAUGAAGACUUUGCCCGUCGUCAUCCGAGCUUCGGUAAGCGCAACAUCUCGGCAGGGAGCCUAGGAGGGCUUAUCUUUGACUUCCAUAUUUGGUGCUUUGACAUGGCUGUUUGGCGCAACGCUGGCUCCAGGUCAGCUCUGGUGUGGGUCGCAGGUGCUACUGCUGUCCUGGGCAGCAUUGCGGCGUGUGUUGCCGGUACCCGGGCAGCUGAGUGA